AGAGGACUGUUACUCUUUACGCGGGCAAAGGCAUUCCUAUUGGAUUUAAUCAAAUUGUAGAUCGAGGUUUUGAUAAAACUCAUUUGAUCUCUGAAUUUCUUGAAUCCAUUUCGAUUACAACAUUGACUACUGGCGUGAAUUGUUUAAAGGUACCAAAGUUAUGGAAUCAUAUGGGUGAAAAUCUCCAAUUUCGUGAUGAUUUAACGUGA